AGUCUGCAAACUAACUAGUCCUACUACUCAUGUUCUUGAUUAAUCAAGCUGAACCUGUCUGACUGAUUUUCCCUGUACAAGGCAAACAGCAUUGCAUUACCUUGGAUCAAUAUAAUCACAUACAUUUCAUUACUGGGCAGAACAUCUCAAUCAUCUGUGGUUAAUUAAAGACGUCAAACCAUAACCAUACAUAAAUAAAAGAUUACAGAUCCAGAUAUUCUUCAAGAUGAUUAAUGCAGAGUGGCUGUGCAGCUCAUUUAAACUGUGUGAGAUAGUCGAUGUAUCACAGUAUGUUCAGACUGAUAACUCUACGCAGGUAGAAAUCAACAGGAACUCAUUUCCACAACCUGCUUAUAACCCAUCAUCUCUCAAAGUCACAUUGGAAGCUUACAGCCUUUUAUUGGAUGGAGCGUUUGAACGGAACAUUAAACAUACCGAUCAAAAGGUGAUUGAACAUCAGUAUGCACAGACAGACUCCAUUCAUCACUUUGCGCAGAAGACAGCCAAAACAAUUAUAGAGUUAGCUAUGACGAAAGGAGAGACCCCGUCGUCUGAACAUUCUGAAAACAAAUGCAAUCUUAUUGACCCAAGACAAUCGAGCAAGAUGAGAGGGAAUGACGUGAAUAUGCUAGCAGAGGAGCUAACAUUACAAGCCUGUUGCAAAGCAUGGGAAGAGAUGGGAAGACAUUUUGUUCUUAGGCCUGAUGAUACAUCUGAUAAAGAAGUUACGGAGGGAGCUUUUGUAACCUCGGGGCACAACUGCGAGGAAGACAUGGACAUCAAGAUGGAAGAAUAUGAUUACAAGUUUGCAAACACUUUGAAGAGCAUGGUUAGUCUUGGUUCUAUUGAAUACCCUGAUGCCCCUCCAAGUACCCCUUUACAUCCAGAGAUGUUGAAGAGCCGAGACAGUUUCACAAGGAAGCUAAAGGGAGGGCUAGCUAAGGAGUUCCUUCCUUCGACACCUCCUUCAACCCCCAAAGAUCAGAUGCAGCCCUUAUUGGGGAACCAGAUGAACGGUGGCCCUGGUGACAAAUCGGAGUUUAUGACGCGAUUGAUGCGCUCGCUGUCACUAGAGUGCCGUUGGCAAGGGGGGCUAGAAGAGGAGAAGGAUGGAGAGGAUGGUGGACUUCAAGAUGAGAUUCCCAAACUGGCUGACUAUGCGACUCAACUGUCUUCAGACAUCCUUAAUUUUAUUACUACCAAUGAUGUAGAAGUAAAUAAAGAAGUAUGGGCUACUGCUGAGGAACUAGCGGAUGAGAUUGUCAUAGCAUCUUUAGCAGAGGUGUUAAUGAAAGAAAAAGAAGAAAGCAGAAGAGAACAGAACGGUCGUAAGUCUGUUGCUCCCCAACUUAGCACGGCAUGCGUUGCAGCAGAAGAUAUAAAGAUUUUAGCUAGUGAUCUUAUCAUUAAUGCUGUGGUUCAUGCUUUUGCAAAGCUCAAACAGGGUGGGCUUCAACAUCAACAUCUUUCGAGCCAAGCAACCCAACAGCAGCCAUGGGAAAAAGAGAUUUAUUCGUGUAAAGACUCAAUGCCGUCCAACAAAGCCUCAACCGUCAGUUGCUGUAACGAUACAUUAGAAUACACUGGCAUUGCAUUUGAUGCCAUGAAUAUGACAUCAUCGGUACACACAUAUGCUAACAAAUUUGCACAAGACGUACUUGAAAAUUCUGUACGUGAUGCUUCCUGCUUGCCGCCGGUAAACUUGAGGCAGGGAACACAUGUUAAAAUUGGCUCACAGAAAGACAUUAGACCUCUCGUAAUCAUCAAGAUGUAUUCUGAGGUAAGCAGCAAUGUUCAUGAACUACAGUGUGCUCUGCUGUGGGCUGCGGCCUCUCAGACAGGAACUUCAGAGCUUUUCUUUGAUCUACCAGACACAGGCCUUAAACAAAAGCUUUGUAGACUCUCCCGCAGUGCCCGCUUGAAUGGCUGGACAGUGGGUGCCUUGGUGGCAUCACUCUGCCAGUUUUGUGAUAUGCAGCAAGAGGCCAGCAGAGGGCACCAUAAGAGCUCUGAUUCUUUGUUAGGGCAUCUGCAUCAGCUCAUUGACAAUACACCUUUAAACUGACCUUGGACCAGCUUCACACCCAAAUGUAUUUGUUUAAGUUGCAGAAUUGAUUAUACAGUGGAACCCUGAAACACAAGAGAAGAAACUUUUACUUGACACAAUUUCAAGCUACUCAACCUUAACAUUUAUUAAAGGAGACAAGCCAUAACAAAAGAAUGUCAUGUAAACAAUAUUCAGUUAAAAUUUAUUUCAAUUUGAUCCAUUGCAAAUGAUCCCUCCGAGACGAAACAUCUGCGUACACGCUCCCAAUUUGAAAUCUGCUCUCCCAAUCCGCACGCCAAACCUCAGCAGCUAUAGAGAAUCAGAGAAAUCUGACCACAAAUCAGCUUUAAACGUUACCGUCCACCCAAAACAGACCGACACAUUCUUGAAUAAAGACUCUAAAUAUUCUGUUUAUUUUGAUAUUUUUCGUAUGUCAGUAACGAUAAUAAAAAGUUUCUGGAUGCUAAACAUCGAAUGCUGUACUGUUGGGGCUAUUUUGUGGGCUGUGCGGUGCUUCGGAGGGUGUGUUAAAAGCAAGACUAUUUUACUGCAUCCCAUAAUACUCCCCAAGCAGUGAUACCUAACAUGGCAGGAAUGCGUUUUUGGUGAACUCCUGCCUCCCACUUACCCCCACGCUCGGCGACCACAGCUUGAAUUAAUGGACACACACACACUCACACAUACUCAUUCUUUGACCCUCUCCCUAUAUUACUCUCCAGGACACACAGUUUCCUUCACUCUCUCUCUCUCUCUUCGGCACACACACAUAAUCUCAUACACAAGGGGGACUGACUUCACAGCUGCAGCAUCAGUAAAGACACAACGGCUUUCAGUGCAUCUGGAGAAGUGUUUGUUCCAAUGUCUGAAGCAGCUUUGCUGCCAAAAGUGAAAGACGAGGAAAAGCACUAAGGAGACGAGAUAGCAGAAAAGGGAGGGAAAGAUAUAAAGAAGAAGUCGUCAUUUCAUUAGAGCUGAGACAUAUAGAGUCAAAUGGAUCAUGAGGGUCCUGGAAAAUCUCCCAAGUCCGAUCCCCCCUUUUCCCCAAGCUAUGAUGACGCAUCGAUUUAUUCUCUGCAAUGAAAGCCAGACACAUGUAAGGGAUUCCUUACACUAAACAGGCCUUAUAGACUUAAAUGCACUCAUAUAUUCUCUAUUCAAAAUCAUUCACGUCUAACAAAGGACUGAAGUAUAGGUCAACAGCGAUGGCGAGUUAUUCUUUGUAUUUAUGUGAUCAAACAAGCGACAAAAGAGACGGACGUGUAAGGAACUAUACAUGAAUUAAAAUACAAAAAAUAUAAAUACAUUCAACAUGUUUGCUCUAGACCAGGGGUCUCCACCAGUGCGGUGCCCGCCAAAGCACAUUCUAUUAAUAGUCUCAAUUGUAAUAGUUAUUUAUUACUUAUUUUUUAUAUUAGCUUGGCUUGGUUUAUGUAUGUUAACAAUUUAAACAAUAAAAAAAUCAACAAGUAAAACUAAAAAGUUUUGAGUAGACUACAUCAAAAAGUAGCCCUCCAGAUUGUUUUAUCCAUUGUGGUAGCCCUUGCUCACAAAAAGGUUGGAGACCCCUGACUCUAAGGAUUAUUGAGUUUUAUAUAUCAUGAAGAUAAGGCUAGCGUGUAAAACAUCUCUCUGAUCUUUGAUACAAAGUAUAGGGACUUGAUGGAAACGUAUUUGACUCGAAUAUGUGUCAUACUACAUUAAAGAGGUAGUUCAUCCAAAAACUGCUUCAUGUUUUUCCAAACCCCACUUACUUUUUUCUGUGAAACACCAAAGUUUAGCAGAAUGAGCUUCUUUUUUAUACAUUGAAAGUAGGUUUGGACCAGAGGGUUUCAAACUAAACAAUCAGUCGAGUAGUCCAUACAACUUAUAUUUAAAGUCUUAUGAAGCUAUUUGAUAGCUUUGUGUGUACAGAGUGAAGAUGAAGUCAUUCUAUACUGAAAAUCUUGCUUGACAGCUGUGGCCAAUCAGUACAAAUGUCAUUUUCAUAGAUAAUUAGCAGUCUGCUCUCGUCUCUUGUCUGUUGACAGCACUUACAUUCCUUUACUAGUCAUGGUAUAUGACAGAGAGAGGCACAUGUGAGAGAUCUACACCCCAGGGGUUGUCUCCUCUUUCGAUGCCCUGCAUGCCACCAGUGACGGUCUGUGCUGAAGGUGUGAGUCAGAUGACUGGUUGGUUACUCUAUAGUUGACCAGGGCAGCAACCCACUGGGACUUACAGGACAUCUGUCUUCCAUCUCCACCAGUUCCUCCUUAUAUAGACAAACAUCUCUCACGAAACGCUCAUCUCUGUUUAUGGCUGAAACAGACACAAAGGCUGUAGAUAUAUUUACAGUGUGUUGAAAGGAGGGAAGUUUCUUGUCCCUUAAAAUUUACCGUUGACCGUUUAUCUUAAAAGGACUGGAAUGUUUAAGACUAAGCCCUAGUGAUAAACAUAAUUUAUUAUGUAGUCUUUUAUCUAUGAAUGUUAGAUGCAAGUUUAUCAAUUAAAGUAAUCCUUAUGUUUAAAGCUUAUCUUUUGUUUAAAUAUGUUUAAAAGGCUCCAUAAAGUUAUGGUUUUGAAAUCAGUUACUCUUUAGUUUGUGCAUGUGUUGCCAUUUUUAUACAAUUUAUUGAACCAAGUUUUUUAGAUGUAACCUCAUAUUUUGCUAUUUAUAAUUGUUUAAUUGUUUAUAUUUAAUAAGUUAUCAUUCAUGCUGCCAGUGUGGGGGCAUGUUGUCACAAAAGAGCAUUUGUCGUCAUUUUUGUUGGCUCGCCAAGACUUUAAGAUAAACGUUUAUACAGAACUUAUAAUAAAAAAAUAAACCUA